GCACAGUGGCUACAUGACUUUCCCCGGCCCCACAUUGUACAAAAAAAUUAUGGUAUUUUAUUUCACCUGUACUGGGACUUAAUAGCUAGGUAGAUUGCUGUUUUUUCUAGGCCUCUAAAUGAAGGCCAAGAUGUGUAGGAUGUUCUGUCAAGCUGCAGUCAAGUUGAGAUCAGAAUCUGAUUGAUUUAAUCACUAAUUAAUAUUAAAUAUGGAGCACCUGAGUGAGCUGCAGAGCAUGUUUCCGUCUUUGGACGCUGAUGUGAUCGCCAUUAUUCUCAACCAGAGCAAGGACAAUGUUGAGACUACUGUGGAGAGGUUGCUCGAAAUGUCCUUGGAGGCUAACGACCAAUCAAAACCUGCGUAUAUUGCCACGCCCCCUCAGCCCUCCACCAACUCUCAGUCACUCCACAGAUGGAUGACUCCUGAUCCACAAUCCUUCCCGUCACUCCCCGUAUACAACCAGCCCCCCUUCAUGCAGCAGUAUCAGUAUCAACCACCUCGUCCCACCCCCAAAUCUUCGCUAGAUACGGGAGACUACGAUAACGAUAACUUGUGGCCCAACAUCCAACCAGCUGUUUCUCUGCAACAUCCGACACCGAAACCUGUUGUUAGCAAACGAAGUUGUUCACCUGUUGAAGUAGUGACGUCGAACAGAAGUUUUGUAACUGUACCGGGAAGAAGUAAAACUGUUCCAAGCACUAUGGCCGCCGGGGGUAUACCCCAGCAGUGGCUAUCUCCCCACCCUGGUAUCAGGAGCAAUGGCCAGGUGACCGGGACGAACUCUACUGAGUAUGCUCAGAAACCACCACCCCCUCCAGUGACGAUUGGACAACGAAAUAUCCCACGUCUUCAGAAUCGGCACAUUGAGGUCAGAAAUCGUUUCGAGCCGCUGCAGCCACGGCCACAAGGGUCUAAAGUUCAAGAGAGGUCAAAACCAACAGAGCAAAAGUCGGCAUCUUUGCAGAGUGUUGAGAAGAAGUUGAUAAUCAUUCGAGGGCUAUCUGGAAGUGGAAAGAGCACUCUGGCAAGAAGUCUGGUAGGUCAAUUUGGAGUGAUUUGCAGCACUGAUGAUUUCUUUGUAGUGAGUGGAAAGUAUGUGUUUGACCCCACCGCAUUGGCGGAUAAUCAUGAAAAAAACAGAGUGAAAGCUCGCAAGUCUAUGGCCAGCGGACGCUCACCCGUUGUCAUCGACAAUACCAACGCUAAUGCAUGGGAGAUGAAGCCGUAUGUGUCAAUGGCUAUUGAGCUUGGUUAUGAUGUCGAGAUUGUUGAGCCUGACACUCCGUGGAGGUUCAAAGUUGCCGAGCUAACAAAACGUAACAAACACGGUGUGCCUCGGGCGGCCAUUGAGAGGAUGUUGGAGAAGUACGAACAUCGAAUGUCUGUGGAGAGGAUACUCACUAGUGAUCGGCCAGACAAGGCCACACCCACUAACAAGACCACACCCAUUGAGCAGAGCAAAAACAAGGAAAGGCAAGUUAAGAAGGAAGUUGAGAAGCCGAAAUCUCCGACAGUCGAAAGAUGGCAGAAAGAUAAGCCCACGAUUAGUAGUCGAGGCAACAAGACGCACGAAACAAAACCGAAGAAAAUGGUUUCUCCGAAACCACCGAGAAAGAAUGAAGGCAAUCAACAACGAAACGGAAGACAUACUCAUGAGAGUAGUACUGAGAAAAAUGGUAGCCAUGACAAUCAGCAAAGCCGCACUAAUACUAACGGGAAGCCAAACAAUUCGAAAAAGGUCAAUAAAACCGAGAACCCUCCCCCACAAAAGACGAAAUCUGCACCUACAGCAGCUGCUCAUUUCACGCUUGACCUCGAGCAAAGUGCUAAAAUUUCUCUCGCUAAUGUUCCUUCUGUGGCUGAGAUAGAAGCCGAUCUCUUAGGCGACCAAUGGGAUUCCUCGGAAGAGAUGGAAUUGCUGACUGACGAGGACCUCAAUGGAUCACAUGACCCAAGCUCUCUGGCCAAACUGGUUGGCAACGAAAAACGAAAAAACGUUUGCAAAAUGGACAAUAAACAAACAGACAAAGUAGUUGGGAUUUCUGAACAGCAACCUGUAUCUGUAUCCAUGGAGACUGAUGCGAGUGAACAAAUGAUGAAGAAUGACGGACUUGUUUUAAUGGAGAAAGCUUGGGAAAUGGCACGAAAAGAAAGCACUGAAAAUGAUUCUACAAACUUGACAGCAAUGUUUUCACAAUUACAAGCACCUUCUACAACUGAUGCGUCUGUUUUGAACGUGACCACACCCAUUUUGGACUCAGCUGCUGUGGAGGAGAAAAAUGAGUCAAUGAUUAAUGAAAUGCAAGUUGGACCAGUUACGAUUCAUUUAGUUCCUGACAACGUGAGAAAAACACGUGGUAAUUUGAACAUUCUCAGUGCAGCGUUUGACAGCUGUAAGGGAUGGGAGGAAAAAUAUCUGUUGGAGGCUACGAAAGACGAAGCAGAGAAUCCGUUGAAUUCAUUUGGCAAUUUGGUGUCUAGUUUGCACGAGAAUUUUACGGAAGGACUGAUUCCAAAUGACGCCCACCUAAUGCUAGCCUCCUUUAGCGACGACAAAGCGCCCAAAAUGGGUGUGGUGAGAAAAUCUCGUAUGGUUGAUGGACUUGAUUUGAAGCAGCUGCCAGAGGACAAUAGUGUGGAACACAGUCAUAGCGACCCAUUCCUAGGAGCGCUUCAGGAGAGCUUGAUGAAGUCUGGUUGGAUAGAUACCAUCUUCCCCAGUGAUGCUGUCUCCAGAUAUGUAGGUGGAGAAACAGUGGCAGCUGGUGAUGAUGAUAGAAGCAUUAUUGCAGGUAUUACCGUGGCAACAGAACACUUAGAAGCCGUUAUCGAAAAAGAAGAGUCUACAGAAGAUGUUGAAGGUCAUUUGGAGGACAUUAAUGGCCGCCAGAAUUUGGAGGAGGGAAACAGCUCACCUGUCGAUGAAGAUGUUCAGCCAUUGAAUAGCGACUCUUUAGAUGCAUUUCUUAGCAGCGAGGAAUCGGUGGAAUCAAGUAGAGAAGUAGCCAGUAGCUCGGUCAUGGAUAGCUUGGAGCAAGAACUCUCAAAUAUUGUGCAAAAUGUGGACAUUUUCCCGUCAGCUUUCCCGGUAACCAGCGAAACCAAUGCAAUACUGCAAAAUACAGACGAACAAGUUGAGCCCUCCAGCGAUUCUUUUUCCCCCCCGCCCUCCCCCCAUCCUGUGGAGAUCUAUGUCAGUCUGGGAGAAAGCAUUUGCACGUCCGAAGAAGACGAAGAAAAGGGAAUAAAUUUCUCUGCAUUUCCACCGAGUGAGGAUAUUCUCGUACUAAACAAUGAAGAAGUUGAUGCAAUGAAAACUGAGAAUGUAGCAAUCGAAAAUAGUGCUAAAAUGGAUGUUUCAGAAAAUGGAGCAGCUCUCUUAGCAACCGAAAUGGACUUGACAGAAGCAGCGCCAGAAGCAAGUGUGGAGGAUAAUGACAAUGGUGUACAAAACAAAGAAGAGAACGAUUUGACCUUUCUCAUUGGGUGUUUUCCCGAUCUUGAGCCAAGCUAUCUCCAGCAGCUGCUAACAAAAUGUGUGGACGUCGAAAGUGCCCUCUCUGUCGCUCUUGUUUCCAUGACAACGCCCAUUCCAUUGGACAAGCCCAAAAAACAGUUUAAAGAAAUCAGCAAGCUAAGAACUCCGAAAAAAGUGAAAGACGACAAGAAAAUUGAAGUUGAGAGUGCGGAAUGUUACAAUGAUGAGAAGAUAGCACAGAUGUUGCAAGAAGAAAUGAAUGGCCUCGUUGCCGAGGGGAACGCUAAAAUGGCCGACUCUAGUGAAGGUAGUGCAGUGAGCUCUACUAAAAGUAGUCCGUCCAGUCGAGACAAGAUUGAAUCCAAUGGCGAUGAUAAUUUAGUUCUGACGCUGAGUGAAUCGUUUGCAAAGCAGCUGCAAACUUUGUAUGGGUCCAUUGAGAAACAUCUGCCGCAUGAAGGUGAGGUACAAGGUGACGAUCUGAAGGUACUACUCUCCGAGACGGUUGCCAAGGGAAUAUAUCAGAUGUGGGUCAAGACGCUUCAGGCAAAGCAUAUCGAGUACCAGGUACAAGCUGAGCUUCUCCUGAAGAAAGAUGAAGCGUUGGCACGGUCACUAUUGGAGACGGAGAUGAUCAAACAUCGAGUGGCCAGUGAGCCGCUCCUCGUGAGAGACCACACCCCUCGACGCCACCACCACUCCCUCCCACUCACCAGGGGUCAGGACGAGACACUGCCUAGAGACAGAAGACUAACUCUGGAGGCAAUGCCAGCUGUGACUAGCAAUGAUCUGAAGGUGUCCCAGCAGCUAAAGCUGACUGAGCUGUACACUCACUUUCCAGGGGUCAAUAGGUCAACCAUCUGUGACGUUGUUAUGGGAACAAACUUCAACUAUAAAGAUGCUGCUGAGAAACUUGAAGGCCUGUUCCCGUCUGCAGCUGGCCCCACCCGGCACCGAUCUCCCACCAAACUGACCUCUCCCAGAAGGGUAGUGGGCGUGGCCUCAUCUAGACAGGAAGUGGUGGACUUUGCAUCGGUGGAAGAGGAGGAUUAUCAACCCUCCUACGAUGAGUUGCGAGCCGAGGCGGCACUACACGCUAAACUACGAGCAGAGAGUUUUCAGAAAGCAGCCAAAGCACACGGGCAAAAGCAGUAUUCACUGGCGCAAUUCUACGCUCAACAAGGUCACCUGCACACUGACAAGAUGAAGGAGGCCAACAGGAGGGCAGCUGGGCACACUCUAUCCAAGCAGACCCAUAGUAGAAGCUCCCGUUCCAUUACUCGACUGGACCUCCAUGGCCUGCAUGUCAGUGAGGCUCUGGAGGCUCUGCAGGAGAAGCUCUACACAGAGAAGGGAGUUGCGCUCGAGGUGGUGACCGGGAGAGGUAGUCAUAGCGAGGGACAAGUGGCCCGGAUCAAACCAGCUGUCAUUAGCUUCCUUAAACGCUGCAACUACAAAUAUGAGGAGGUGAAUGCUGGCAUGCUUAAGGUGAAGUUGCUGUAAAGUUUUUGGUUUUCUACGUUUUUACAUACAUCGUUAUUUUAAGAUUUUGAACACUCCAACAAAAGAUUUAAUUUCCAUACAGAUGUUUAAUGUUUUUUCGUAUGUGCAUUUUGCACUUCAAAAUUUAUAUUAAUUUUUUGGUUACGUACCUUUGUUCAAUAUACUACUUUUUGAAAAAACAUUUCGUUGCUAUUAUACUACAAACAUGCAAAUUAAGUGCAUGCUGGACUACA